AUGAGAUGCAUAAGAGUGCUGAAGAGUGAGCACAACGAAGAGGAUGUCGGCGAUGAGAACGCAUUUGUAAGCUAUGGCAACGGAAGAAGGGCCAUUGAGCGUGCGAGAGAAGACGCCUUGAUCGCUUGGAAAGUUAUUUUUUCUUGCCAUGGUGGUCAGGUUGAUCUUUUAGACUCAACCCGCAGGUUGUACAGCCGAAAAGGAUGUGAACGACCCUUUGGCGUCGUUUGUGUCCACGAUGAGCAGGUUCAUGAUGAUGAGUGCAAUGAAGAGUUAUUAUGUGACGGAAUUCAAUGGGCAAGAGUUAAAGUUGAACUCGAUUUCUGCUGCAUCAAUUAUAAUCCCAACCUUGCUGUGCUUAUUUGUCUUGAUUCUGUAUCCCCUGGUGUCUCCUCAAAUCCCUUGACAAUUGCCACUCUCGCAAUCACUCUGUGGCUUGAGUCCACCCGAACGAAAUACGCUCGUCUUGAUCAGUUGGAAUGA